CCCCCGUGCGAGUUGUAACCCUAGUUUCGUCUUGUCAAAAACUGUUGGCGAGGACUGUCCUGUCUCUUUUGCUUCCAACAUUUGGGACGUUCGUGACAUCUCCUUGAACCGGUCGAUCGGUCCGACGUGUAGUAGCGUCCUAUCUUCGUUCUUCACCGUCCACGCACAGUCUCUUCAAAAAUGAUGGAUGGAGUUGAGGAAGCUGAUGAUAGCCGCAAGGGAGUCCGAUCAGAAACUGUGGACCUAACCGACAAUUCCCUUGUUGUUGACAUCUCGGAUGCCCUCAGUGAAAAAGAGAAAGUCAAAUUUACUGUCCACACAAAGACAACAUUACCCGAAUUUCAGAAGCCAGAGUUUUUAGUGGUUCGUCAACACGAAGAAUUUGUUUGGCUUCAUGAUAGAUUUGAAGAAAAUGAGGACUAUGCUGGAUACAUUAUACCUCCUGCCCCACCUCGACCAGACUUUGAUGCAUCAAGGGAGAAGCUUCAAAAGUUAGGGGAAGGCGAAGGAUCAAUGACCAAAGAAGAAUUUUCCAAAAUGAAGCAAGAGCUUGAAGCUGAGUAUUUAGCAACCUUCAAGAAAACAGUUGCAAUGCAUGAAGUGUUUUUGUGUCGGCUGGUUAGUCAUCCAAUAUUCCGCAAUGACCACAACCUCAGAGUAUUUUUGGAAUAUGAUCAGGACUUGUGUGUCAGAGGGAAAAAUCGCAUGGAGAUGCUGGAGGGCUUUGUCAAGUCAUUUUCAACUACUAGUGAUGAACUGCUUCUGUCAGCAACUGUAAAAGAUGUGAAUGACUUUUUUGAACAGGAGAAAAACUUCCUCCUUAAAUAUCAUGCUCAUCUUAAGGAAGCAACGGCUAAGUCAGAUGCCAUGACAAAGAAACACAAAGAUGUGGCGGACUCUUUUAUUAAGGUGUACACAGGCCUCUUGCAGUUGUCUGCUGUUGAUCCUGAUUUGGGUAAAUCUCUAACUAAAGUUGCUGAACUGUUUGAGAAAGCCAGGAAAGUUGAAGGGCGAGUUGCUUCUGACGAAGACCUUAAGCUCUCUGAUUUAUUAAGAUAUUACAUGCGGGAUUCUCAUGCUGCAAAACGCCUGUUAUAUCGACGACUUAGAUGUCUUGCAAAUUAUGAAGCUGCUAAUCGGAAUUUGGAAAAAGCCAGAGCUAAAAACAAGGAUGUUCAUGCUGCUGAGACUGCUCAAAAGGUAGCUUGUGAAAAGUUUGACCAAAUGUCAGACAAGGGAAAAGAAGAACUUAUGGAUUUCAAGACUCGUAGAGUAAUAGCCUUCCGUAAACAUCUCAUUGAGCUGGCAGAGCUAGAAGUGAAGCAUGCUAAGUCCCAAGUACAACACUUCAAGAAUUGUCUCGCCAGUAUGAAAGAUGAAGAAUAAUUGGAUUGUGGUCGAAGAUUAUGCAAAAAAUUUAAGAAAGAUAGAAUGAAGACACUCCCGGUGUUAUGUUAUUUUUAUAUCACUGUAAUCUAAAACGUACAUAUAUUAAUAUAUAUAUAUUUUAUUGUGAACAUAUACGCCACCAUGCUGACAUAUUCCAAAGUAAAAACUAAAUGUAUAUGUAUGUUACUCAUGAAGUCUAUAAUGCUGGAAAUCAGUCAUUUCCUGUUUUGUUACUUUACAGCUUUUUGUUUGUGGGUUGCGCAACCUGUAUGUUGUUGAAUUUGUCGACCACCUGAAUAUCUGACAUGUGUACUUAUUUACUCUGGCGGAUAUUACCCAUUGUCAGGGAGGUGUAACAACUGUUUGUUUCAGUACAUUGAAGCAUUUUCGUUGUAGCUUUCAGAGCUAAUGUCAUUCCAUUAAAUAGUUAAUUUACCACAUCAGAUUGUGAUAUACCAUCAAUUUAUUAAUGUUUGGAGCAUGUGUAUAGUCAUAGCUACAAUUAAUGAGAACUGUCCCACUUUCUUAACUGAUAUUGUCCUUUGUACCAGCUUGUGGCAUUUCAUGUUGCCAAGUUGUAAAAAUGUAAAGGGAUCAAAAUAAGCUCGUGUCCUUGAAUGAUCUAACUUUAUCUUGUAUUUGUUUUUAUUGUAUCAACCAUGGGACAUUGUCUUUUGCUUAGCACUCAUGGUUAUCAUUUGUUAUAAAUUCGAAUUAUAUUAAUGUUAUUUGUAUUCUGCAAGCGUUUAAUUUUGUUUACGUGUAUUUUUUUAAAAUUGUAGUGGCGAUUUUAGAAUACUUUCUUAAAACUUCUAGGUAUCUUUUCUGAUCUGUGACCUUUUGUGCAUUGAUUAUGUUUUAACUGCUGCUGCCAAUGAAAACUGUUUAAAUUUCACAUAACCACCAAUGUUCGGAAUGUGCCAAAGGCCGAAGCCAUUACAUUCAGUUUGCCACCUAUCUCAAACUUCUCAGUGGCAAUUUUUCUGCUUUCUUGUAACUGGACCCCAUUUCACAGCAGUUUCAAAUUAAUUGCAUUGUCCACAUAUUCAUGAGAUUGCAUUUAUUUUGUGAUAUUUUCUGAUGAUGUGUGAAGUAGACAUUUGAAAAGUAAUACCAUAUCAUGGUUACGCUUAGAAGUGUGAAGAACCUUCUGCAAGGAAAUUUGAAGGGAUGAGAUCAAUGACUGUUCUUUAUCCACUCAGUGGUUAAGGGAAAUAAAAUCAUGCCGACAAAUGGA